AUGAACUCCUUCUUAGAAGAUCUGGCCUUUGCUGAUGACAUCUGCCUUCUGUCAAGUAAUGUUAACAUCAUGCAGAACAAAACGACGAAAUUAAACGAAGUUGCUCAAAGUAUAAGCCUGAACAUUAAUGAAAAGAAGACCAAAGUAAUGACUGUAAAUAGUAAUACAGCUCAACCAGUCAAGAUAAGAAAUAACAUCAUAGAAGAGGUUGAGGAUUUCAAAUAUUUAGGCAGCAUGUUAAGUAACACCAAUGGGACGGCGAGAGACAUCAAAGCCAGAAUAAGCAAGGCGAGAAACGCAUUUUGCCAACUGCAAUCCAUAUGGAGAAGUGGGUCGAUCAGUAUGAACACCAAACUGAAAAUAUACAACAGUAACGUGAAAUCUGUGUUACUCUAUGGGGCUGAAUGCUGGAGAAUAAUACAAACUGACAUGGGAAAAAAACUCUCCUCAUUCCAUAACACCUGCCUCCGAAAAAUCUGUAAAAUCUACUGGCCCAAAAAGAUAUCGAAUAAAGAUCUAUAUCUUAAGACCAAACAGUCCUGCAUGGAGAUUAAAAGAAGGUGGUGUUGGAUUGGGCAUGUUCUACAAAAAGGAGAAGAUAUUACUAAGAUUGCACUGAGAUGGACACCUGAUGGAAAAAGAAAAAGAGGACGCUCAAAAGAGACAUGGCGAAGGAUGGUAGAACAGGAGAUGAAAGAUAUAGGGAAGACCUGGGGGGAAAUAGAAAAGAAAGCAAAAGACAGGCAGUUGUGGCGUCAGCUGGUUGAGGCCUUAUGUGCUGAUAAGCACGAAGAUGAUAAGUAA